UUGCCGUUUUGUUUUUUUUUUCUCCAGAAUAUUGGCUCUCUCUCUCUUUCUUCCCCAAUAUGUUCCAUUUUAGAGUUUCAUUUCCUUUUGCACCUUGUAGACUUUUCUGGGUUGUCUGGGUUAAUGGGUAUGUUUUAAUCCUUGUUCAUUUUAGUUAUGCUUCUUUGUUUCUCUCUGGGUGACUCCGUCUGUAUGUUAAUUAUGGAAAAUCCUCACUUUCAACAUAUGUUUAUCAGAAAACACUGCCUUGUUACCAACUUGGAUAUUGCUAUUUUAGGGUAUGGGGAGUCCUUGAUUUUAUUGUUUUCUGCAAAGUUUAGAAUCAAUACAAAGUUGUUCUCUGCAAGUAAAGUUUGUUCAUCUGGUUUUUAUUGACUAAUUUUGUUUUUGUUUUUGUUUUUUCCUUUUUUGUGCCUCUGCUGUUUUUCUUCUGAAAGACUGACUAUUCUUUGGCAUUGACUGGGUUUCUGGGGUCUUUUAUUGUUGAGAUUCUUUUCCACUUAAAAAUUAAAAAUCAAAACUUUGAAUAGGUUGGUUCAGAAAACACAGAAGGGAAAGGUUCCUUUUCUAGGUAAAAGGGGUAUUUGCUUUUAGGUCAUUAAAAACCCAUGUCCGAUUUUUUUUUCUACUUGGUAAGUUGUCUGUGGUGCAGACAUAUCCUCAUUCUUGUGUUUGGUUCCAAAGAAUACAGAGGAAAAUAAAAGAAUAGGAAAAUUCACCUCUAUCUUGCUAAAACUAAAAGGUAAUUCAAUUGUUGAUUGGCAACAGUUGAAUUGUGGCUUACCUAUACGUUGGUUCCAGAUUCUGGCAAACAAGGACAAGAACUGUUCUUGGCUGAAGUCAAAUUAGAAUGGAAGGUAGUAUAUUUACAGGCAUAGGAAAUGGAACCCAACUAGAUACCAAGGUUGUGCAGACAUUUCAGAAGAGCUUUGUGCAAGUGCAAGAUAUUUUGGAUCAGAACAGAUUGCUAAUCAAUGAGAUUAACCAAAACCAUGAGUCCAAGAUCCCUGAUAACCUCAGCCGGAAUGUUGGCUUAAUUAGAGAGCUUAACAGCAACAUUAGAAGGGUCGUAGAUCUCUAUGCUGAUCUCUCCAGCUCUUUUUCCAGGUCAAUGGAAGCUUCAUCAGAAGCUGAAUCAGGUGGGACUUUGAAAUCUGAUGGAAAAUCUAGCGAGAAGAGAAUUAGAUCCGGGUAAUUGUUCAAAAAUUGGCUUUGUUAUAGUUAUAGAUUCUGCACUCUUCAUUACUGAAUAAGAAAAAGUUUGUACCACCAGAGGGAAGAACUUGAUGAGCUUGUGUUUCUCUUCUGUAUCAAUUAUAUCUAUUUGAGGCUCUGUGCAACAGAUUCACUGCCACAAACUUUCAUGAAAUAUCUCUAUAAAAAUUUAGCGCUGUAGCUUUCAGUUUCAA